CAUGUAGGUCACACACCUGAGCUGGAUACAACAUGGGCUAUACCUCUUUCAGAUCUAAUUAAGUCUCACUGUUGCUAUAUCUUUCUCUUUCAACUUCACAAUGAAUACCGAAGACCAUUCCAACACCUCCUCCAUCCUCUUCUUUUUACCUACAUUCCACAACUGCUUCUUUUCAGAAUCGUGCCUCGAUCCUUGGUACAUUGCUGCUGGUGUGGUUAUUCUAUUAAGCUCCAUACUCGGCAUCUUGGCAAACAUCAGUGUGACAGGGAAACUCAUUCAGAAUUUGCGCGGUUCCUCCAUGUCGCAGCACCUCAUCUUCAACCUAGCACUGUCGGACCUCCUCUGUCUGCUCAUCCUGGUGGUCGGCAGCAUCGUUUUCUGGACCGGGCUACAUUUAAACCAUUCAAUCUGUCAACUUCUCGUUUAUCUCUUAUUUUUCUGCAACACCACCAACUUAAACAUUCCGGUGCUGAUAAGCAUCCAGAGGUACUACCAGGUUCUGCACCGUGAGAAGUGGAUCGAAGUGACCCCGACACAGCAGAAGAUUUUUUUGUCCUCUGUGUGGCUACUCGGAGCCCUGCUUGGUAUAUUUUUCCUAAGUGAGGUGAAAAUUAAGAAGUGGACGGAUAAGGGCUCCUGCGAGAAUCUCAGCUUCUCACCGGUACAAGAAUGUAUCUACAUCACAUUCACAGUUAUCAGCCAUGUCGUCUCAUUGACCUGCUACUCACUACUUGUUAGAGGGAUCAACCGAAUUCAAAUCUUUGAUAAGAAAAAGCUGAGGAUUACCAAGUUAUUUCUUCACAUCAUCGCUGGUUCCCUGGUAUUUGCUGUCAUUGCUCUGAUGUUUCGCACAGCGUAUGUGACUGUGCGUCUCGCAGCACCGGAAAAACUGCUUUACAUCAGCAAAAUGUUCAUAUUUAUGGAAUGUUUUUACUUUUUCAAGCACUCUCUGAACCCAUUACUGUAUUACUUUGCCUCUCUACAUGAAAGCACCGAUAAGGAAAUCUGCUUCUUCAUGUCUCUUGAUGACAGCUCCUAAUAUGUUCUCCCAUAUUUUUGGCCUCCUCAUUCUAAUGUGGCCUGAUAGCCAUGAAAACUGAUGGAAAAAUAUGGAUCCUUUGUAUGGACAAAAGAAUUUGGAUCUUUUUUACUGGACUGUGUGACUAAAUGACUAAAUGUAUCAAGUUAAAUACUAAAGUGACUGAUUAGCUCAUUUUCCUGUGGUAUGAUUAUUCUGCCUUCACAUUUUAUCACCUAUUAGGCUGGAGCCUAAAUCCAGGUUACACCCUGGACAGGUCGCCAGUCUAUCGCAGCGCUAACACAUAGAGACAGACAACCAUUCACAUUCAUAUUCAUACCUACAGCCAAUUUAAAACCCAGUUAAGUUAACUCAUCUGAACUGUUGGAGGAAGCACGGAGAAAAAACACGCAACUACAGAGAAACAAGCUAGCCAGUGGAUUCAAACCCAGGACCUUUUUGCUGCAAGGCAACUGGACUGCCACCAUCCUGCUCUACAGUUUAUUACAUAAUAUUCAUUAUAUUAUGCAUGGCCAAAACACUGUACCACAUCCAAAACUAAUAGAUAGAUCUGUUAUUUUGGUUCUUUAAAUCUCAAACUUUGUUUGCUUCACUGAAAGAAUGGGCACAUAAAAAAAUAAAACGAUCUAAUAAGGAGAUCUAUUUGGAGAUGAGACUUAUUGUGUUUUGAGCAAAUAAAAUCAGACUUUUAAUGUUUAUGGUGCAUUUAUGUGCUGUUUAAUGAAUGCGAAAUAUGGUUCUGACUCCAAACACGUCACGCGAACCCUCUCUAACUGAGUGAGCAACUUAGAAAGACUGUAAAAUGUUUUGUUUGGUUGAUAAUCAACUUUUAAUUUUGAUUGGUACAGAAUUUUGGACCAGUUUUUAUUUUCUAACGCAGCUUUGGGUUGUAACUGUUAGCCGCACUAGGCACAGACAAGUUAUUUUUAACAGCAGCAAGUAGAGCAGCAAUAUUUAUUUAUCACAGGCUCUAAAUAGCUAACAGCAUGUUGUUUAAAAUACAAAACAUCUUUGUAGUGUUAAUGUAGUUUUAUGACACGGGAAACUUCCUGACUUCAAAUCUCAUAAUCCCAUAUUUUAUUUACAAUAGAACAUUAAAACAUGUUGAACGAUUAUUUAACAAAAGUCUGUAUUUAUCUGGGAACUGAGGAGAUCAGCUGCUGGAAUUUUGGGAGAAUAUUUUUCAUUUCAUAAUGCUCCAGAUGUUUUCAGUGGGUGAAAGGUCUGGACAGCAGCCAGGCCAGCUCAGCGCCCUGACUCUUCUACUACUAAGCUAUGCUGUUGUAAUAAAUGCAGCAUGAGGCUUAGCGUUGUAUUGCUGAAACGUGCAAGGCUUUCACUAAAAUAAAUGUUGUCUGGAUGGGAGCAUAUGUUGCUCUGCAUUUGUGGAUGGCACUGUGACAGCAAAAGUUCUUUUUGGGGGGAUGUGUUGCUGCCAUCAGAUUCUAAAUGAGCUAAUAUUUGUCAUGCAGUAGUAAAACGUUCUAGUUUAAAUACUUUCUGUGAUUCACUGUGAACAAAAUGUGGUUUCAUGAGGUUUGUAAAUCAUUGCAUUCUGUCUUUAUUUGCAUUUUACACAGCGAUGAUGACAACCUGAGAAGAAUGAAAAGUUACAUUUAUAGUGUUAGUCUGCAGCUUAGCGUGUUAACAUUAGCACUAAAUGCAAACUGCACUUAAGGCUAAAUCAAAUGCAUUAACUACACUGAAUAGUCACUUUAUUAGGUACAGCUUGCUAGGAGCAGGUUUGACCUCUUUGUUCUGAUGGUGGAUCUAAUUCUAACGACUGCGAGUUCAGCAAAUUCACUGUUAUGCUCAAGAAACCAGUUUGAGAUGAUUCAAGCUUUGUGACAUGGAAUGAUAUCCUGGUGGAAGAAGAUGGAUGCACUGUGGUCAUAAAGGGAUGGGCAUGGUCAGCAACUAUAUUCAGGUAGGUUGGGCAUUUAAAUGAGGCUCAGUUGGUACUAACUGUGCCAAGAAAAUAUCUUUACACUGUAAUCAGCAGCCUGAACUGUUCAUACACGCUGGAUGGGUCAGUUCAAAGUUUGCUCAUUCUCCUCUGACCUCAAAGAAGGAUAUCUGUAUAUCUUCUCUUUUUUACGAAAUCAGUGCAAAAUUAGAAACUUUUGAGCACUUAAUACAAAAGCGAGCAUCCGCCUACCCGUCAUGAGGCGAGACACAAAGGUCUCGGUGAGCUGCAGGAAACCG